AUGGUAAUUGAAUUAGUGGUCAAUUUAGAAAAUCACAAAAGAAGGAUAUGGAGUAUAUGCUGGAGUCCAGAUGGAAAUUUUUUAGGAUCUGUAGGUUCAGAUAAAUAUAUAAUCAUUUGGCAAAAAAAGAAAAAUACUAGAAUUAGAAAUAUAAAUAAUGGAAAUAAAAUUGUGAAUACUUCUAACACAUAUGGAGUAAAAAGAUAUUUAAAAAGUCAAAUAGAGUUCGAUAUAUAUGACAUAAUCGAAACAAAUCAUGAAAAAUCAUUGAGGCAUAUUGAAUUCUCAAAAGAUGGUAAUUUUUUUGUUGUCGCUUCUUUUGAUUCAAGAUGUUCUAUUUAUAAGAAAAAUAGAAAUAACAAAUGGGUUUUUUAUAAAACAUUAGAAGGUCAUGAAAAGGAAGUAAAAUGCGCUUCUAUUCAUCCAUCAAAUAAAUAUAUAGUAACUUGUGGAAGAGAUAAAAGCAUAUGGGUACAUGCAAAAGUAGACAAUUUAGAAAAAAAAAGUUUGAAAAGUAAUAGUUAUAAUCGUAGAAACGCACUAACUAAUUCUAAUCCUAAUUCUAACAAUAAUACUUUACUAGAUGAUCACACGAAUUUUGAUUUUAAUUUUGAUGCAUAUUUAACUGCUCACACAGAAGAUAUUAAAUUUGUUUCGUGGUGUCCUUUAAGUGAAAACACUUUUAUUUCAUUAUCUUAUGAUAAUUCAAUAAAAAUAUGGGAUAAAAGAUUGGAUGAAUGGAAUUGCAUUCAAACAUUAACCGAACAUUCAUCGGUAGUAUGGUGUGUUACUUUUAAUUUUGAUGGUUCUGAAUUUGCUACUUGCUCAGAUGAUAAAACUAUUAAAAUAUGGCAAAGUGAUAAAAAAAAAUUAUAUAACAAAAAAAAAUAUCCAUUUCUAUAUAAACAAAUAAUCAAAGAUAUUAAAGAAACUCCAAAUAACCACCAUAAAAAUUAUUUAGGUAGAAUGAAUAGCUACAGUGAAAAUAGAAAAAAAUAUGCAAACGAAGAAAAAAAAAAAGAAAAAAAUAUUAAUGAAGAAAAUAUAAUUAAAAAAACUAAUGUAAAUAACAAAAAAAAAGAACAAGAGACAAAAAAUAAAAAGGAUUGUGACUCUUUUAAUUUCAUCUUUGUGAAUUACUCUGAAAAAGGACUCAAUAUGCAAAAUAUAUUAAAAAUGUAUGUUCAAAAUAAAUUUGUUCCUUUAUAUUUUCAAUAUGGUCUUUUUAAAUUUUUGUAUAAAUAUUUUGAAACUACAAAAAAUACAAAAAAAAAAAAUUAUUCUUGUGAAAAGAUACAAAAAGAGUUUAAUGAAAAAAAUCAAAAAUCAAAACUUGAAUCAGUUGAUAAAAAUGAUAUGAAUAAUAAAAACACUGAAAAAAAAACGGAUAAAAAUAAUGAAGACAAGAUAAAUAAAAGUAAUAUAGAUAAAUCAAUUAUAAAUAAUAAUAAAGAAAAAAUUAACAGUUAUAAUUCAGAUAAAAUGUAUAAAAAUAACAAUGAAACAAUAAAUAAAAAAAACGUAGAGACAGGAGGUUCUAGAAACAUUAAAAAUGUAGAUACGCAAAAAGAAAAUAUAAAAGAUAUUGUUUUUGAUGAUUGGAAAAUUAAACAUGUUAUAGAAGGUUAUCAUAAAAGAAGUGUGAGCUAUUUGGAUUGGAAUCCAUAUGAAAAUUUAAUUGCAGUAUCAUCUUUUGAUAAUUCUCUAAAAAUAUUUGAAAAAACAAAAGAUAAAUGGGAUUUGAUUGAAAAUGUUGAAAAUGCUCAUUUAACUGAUGUUAAUUGUGUUGUUUGGUGUCCUCAAAAAUAUCAAGAUUAUUUUUUGUUAGCUACUGCAGGUGAUGACUGUGUUAUUAACAUAUGGAAAUUUGUAAAAAGGUAA